AUGGAACCAGUUGUCUACCCGCUCUUUGAAAAGAAGACGUCGACAUGGCAGUACAUCGUCGCCUGUCCCGAGACUCGCGAGGCCAUGAUUAUCGACCCUGUGCUGGACUUUGAUCCUGCUCAGUUGACCAUCAGCACCAAUUCCGCCGACAAAUUGCUCGAGAUUAUCUCAUCCGAGGGUUUCCAGGUCGUGCGACUGCUCGAAACACACGUCCACGCGGACCAUCUCACGGCGGCCUACUACCUCCAGCAAGAACUCCUACGCAGGACAGAGAAGCGAGUUCCCAUCUGCACGGGACAUCGAAUUCGUCAGGUUCAGGAGACAUUCGCCCGAAAGUACAGUGUGCCUUUUGAUGAGCUAGACAACGUCUUCGACCACCUCUUCCAGGACGACGAAACGUUUCAGCUGGGGAAGCUGACCGUCAAGGCGCUUCAUCUUCCCGGUCAUACUCCCGAUCACAGCGGAUAUCAAGUCGACAGUAACGUCUUCACCGGGGAUUCAAUCUUCAAUCCGGAUGUGGGCAGUGCGCGAUGCGACUUCCCUAAUGGCGACGCCCGCGACCUGUACGAAUCCAUGACCAAACUGCUCGCUCUGCCACCACACUUCAAGCUCUACACGGGACAUGACUAUCCGCCGUCGACCCCGUCGGACUCCCAAGCCGGCUCCCAGGCCAGUCGCGAUCCCAUGCCGUACGUCACGGUGCAGGAGCAACGAAACAACAACAAACACGUCAAGGAAGGGACCAGACUGGAGGAUUUCGUGCAGUGGAGACGGGAAAGGGAUGCGACACUGAACGAACCCCGGUUGCUACACCAGGCCUUGCAGGUCAAUAUUCGGGCGGGAAGACUACCUGCGAGUGCGGAUGGCAGCCAGCGGACGUAUUUACUGAUGCCCAUCAAGAUUCCCAGUUUGCUGGCGAGCUCGAAAUCUCAGGGUUGA